AAAUCUAAAAACAUUUCAAACUAGCCGUUACCCUUUGGCUGUCACAAACAGUAGUAGACGCUCCCCUUUCUUUUUUGCCAUCGAUUCAACAAUCUCUCUCUUCUGAAACUCCGAUCAGCGACGACGCCAUAGAAAGAAGAUGUUUACAGAGGGUUUAGACGAAAGGUCUAUAAGCUGGAUCAAACAGGGACCAAAUGGAGAACAAGCAUCCGUAAUCCGAUCACCAUUAUCCGAGAAAAUGAGUCCAAUUCCGAGAUCCCCUCUUAGUGGUGGCUAUGGAGGUAGCAAUUACACGUCUUCUCCUGUUUUGCCUCCUCUAAAGUUCCAUUCUGGUCUUCUUGAUCCUCGCAACAUAGUGCCUCUAAAUCUAGACCGAUACGGAGAUGAAAGCGAUGAGGACUCCUUAGAUGAUGAGAGCGUGGCUUCUGUCCCGGAUAAUUUCAGUGGGAACUACUCCGAAGAUGAUUGUUUGAGAUUCAGCGAUUCCAAUUAUCAGGAACAACAGCCAGCUGAAGAUUUCUACAAGAAAGAAAUCCUAAGAGGGCCAGACGUGUCUUGUUUGAAUAGAGGGCCGUUGAAGGGUGAUCUUAAAAUCGAAGUUCCCGAAAAUUACAGAAGAUUUACAACAGAUGGCGGAUUGGGUUUUGGGAAAUUUCAAGGACAAAACAGAGAAACCGCUACAAGCUGUCGGCUUCCCAGAAUAAUUCUUCUGAAUACCAAUGAAACUCCAAAAGCUAAUUAUAGAACAGUUGUGGACAUGGGAACUCCUAGCGCACCUCCAGCUGCAGUUGAAUCAGAAAAUGUUUCUGAUGAUUUCCCAAGCUCGGAAAGAGUAACAGUAGAAGACAAUCCAGACAUACAAAAAGAAACAGGAGAUGGUAUAUAUGUGAAUAACAAUCAUUCUUCUAAUUGGCAAUCACAAUCCUCAAAAGAAGAUGAUCAUCUUGGUGUGAGGAUGGAACAAGAAGCUGUUACUGCAGAUACCCAACCGCCUGAAUUAUAUACUUCACCCUAUUAUAAUACUAGUGGCCAGAAUGCUUGGCAAACAUUAAUUGCUUAUGAUGGGUGCGUCCGGUUAUGUCUGAAUGCGUGGGCAAGAGGCUGCACGGAGGCACCUGAAUUUCUUCGCGAUGAAUGUUUGGUUCUGAGAAGUGCUUUUGGGCUACACAAAUUCUUGUUGCAACCUCGAGGCCUGCAACCGAUUGAAAAGACUGGAAUUGAGAGAGUGGAACAAGUAUGCUCUCAAAAAGUAAAGAAGGUGGUUGGAAAAAUGAGAGUGGAAGUAAGGAAGCUAAGGCUGGUACCUAGGAGGAGUCUUAAGAGCACAUAUUCGCAGAGAAGUGCAAUUUAUUUGAAAGUAGGAGCCCAGUAUGUGAAACAUGUUUCAUCCAUUGUGAAAACCGGUAUCAAUUCCCUAGGAAUUGUCUCGUAUUCCCCAUCUGAAGAGAAAUUCUCAUGCCUAUUUCAUCUGAAGAGUUCUACAGAAGAAACUGAGCUAGAAUCAGGUUCUGCUAUUAGUUUGCGUGCUGGAACUGGCGAUUACUAUGAUUUUUUCCCACAAAGCCAAGGUGAUGCCCUUCUACUAGAAGUUUACGACAGCAAGAAAGUUAUUCAGGGAAGAGCUUUUAUUCCAGUUUCAUCCUUAUCCGACAACUCAAAUGACAAAACUCAGUGGUGGCCUAUUUAUCACGACGACCAUGAAUGUGUUGGGAAGAUCCAGCUCUCCAUUGGUAUUGCAAUUACAUCUGACGAGACUUCUCAGAUCAAGAGUGCACCUAUUGUGGAAACUCUUGCAUAUGAUCUCCUCUUGGAGGCUGCCAUGCGUGCUCUAAAGUUUCAUUCGAGAAACUUGAGGCUUGAUGGAGUAUGGAAAUGGCUUCUAACUGAGUUUUCUGAUUAUUAUGGAGUCUCGGAUUCAUACGCGCAGUUAAGAUAUCUUUCAUAUGUUAUGAAUGUGGCAACUCCAACAAAAGACUGCUUGGAGAUUGUGUAUGAGCUACUUGUGCCGGUUAUUGAAGCAAGGAGCAGAAAGAACUUAACCAGACAAGAGAAAAGCAUAUUAUUGGGUUGUGAAACACAAAUUGACAGUCUACUGGCAACUGUGUUUGAGAACUACAAAUCACUUGAUGAAAACUCUCCGACGGGUUUGGUUGAUAUAUUUGCUCCAAUACCCGAAGUUGCCGCACCAGCUCUCACGCCUGCUGUUCAAAUAUACACGCUUCUUCAUGAUAUAUUAGCUCAAGAUGUACAAACAUCGUUGAGAAAUUACUUAGAGAGAGCGGCAGCAAAGACAUGCAGGAAACACAUGGUGGAGACAGAUGAGUUUGUGUCGUCGAGCAACACAGAAGGCUUUUUCAUGGAUCCUAUUACAAUCUCUACAGCAUAUUUAAAGAUGAAAAACCUUUGUAUUAACAUAAGUAAUGAGAUUCGGGCUGAUAUUAAGAUUCACAAUGAGCAUGUCCUCCCAAGUUCAAUUGACUUAUCAAACAUAACUGCUUCCGUUUAUGGAAAUGAAUUGUUUAAGAGGCUUAAAGCCUUUCUCUCCACCUGGCCUCCGUCGGGUCCUAUGGCUCAUGUAAAUGAACUUCUGGUGGCAACAGCUGACUUUGAGAGGAAACUCGAGGCUUGGAAUAUCAGCCCGGCACAAUGUGGUGUGGAUUCAAGGAAUGUUUACCAUAAUUACAUAAUGGUAUGGGUACAGGAUAUGCAACUUCAUUUACUUGAUCUAUGCAAGGCAGAAAAGGUACCAUGGUCAGGGGUAACCACAAAUUACUCUACUUCACCAUUUGCGGAGGAAAUGUAUGACAAAAUCAAAGAAAUUCUUAGCCCAUAUGAAGUGGUGAUGAACAGAUGGCCUCAAUAUUCGUUGGUUCUUGAAAAUGCUGUGGCAAAUAUAGAAAGAGCAAUUAUUAAAGCUUUGGAAAAGCAGUACACUGAUAUACUGACUCCGCUGAAAGAUAGCAUCCCCAAGAAGCUCGGUAUGCAAGUACAGAAAUUUACAAGAAGACAAUCUAUUGUCCUCUACUCCGUUCCUAAUCAACUGGGGAUUUUUAUGAACACGAUAAAAAGGGUUCUUGAUGUUCUUCAUUGCAAAAUUGAGGAUAUUUUGCGAGCUUGGGCAUCAUAUCUACCUGUAAAUGGAGACAAGAAGCAGCUGUUUGGGGAGCAGAUGAAUGGAAUAACAGUUUUGUUAAGAACUAAAUAUAAGAAUUAUAUGCAAGCAACAGUUGUAAAGCUCAUCAACAAUUUGCAAGAUAAUAAGAAUACACGUCUAAAGAAGAUUCUGGAGGAAACAAAAGAAUCUGAUGGGGAGGCGGAGCUUCGAGAAAGAAUGCAAAUGCUUACAUUACAACUCAUAGAUUCAAUUUCCAAUUUACAUGAAGUCUUUACAAGUAGGAUAUUCAUCGCAACAUGUAGAGGGUUUUGGGACAGGAUGGGCCAGAUUGUGUUGAAAUUCUUGGUGGGAAGGAAGGAAAACAGAGUGUGGUACAAUGGCUCUUAUUAUGCUCUUGGGAUUUUGGAUGACACUUUUGCUUCUCAAAUGCAACGAUUGCAAGGAAACGCUCUUCAAGAAAAGGAUCUCGAACCGCCUCGUUCAAUAGUCGAAGCCCGGUCUAUACUUUGCCGGGACACGACUAACACAACCGAUGCAUAUUUCUGACAAUAUCAUUCAUCUUGAUUUCAUGCUCCUAUGCAUAUGGUUUGUUUAUAUUCAAAUUUACAAACAUUUGUGAUCUGAGAGCUCUUAAUUGCUCUUAUUUUUAAUUCUUUAUGUACACAUACAUUCUUUUUUUCAUAUCAAUAAAAGAGGUCAUAAUUGCUUUUAUUUUC